AUGCAGGCCCCUGUGGUGGUGAUGAAUACGGGAGCCGGAGACAGACAAGUCGGGCGCAAGGCACAAAUAUCAAAUAUCACCGCUGCGAAAACGGUUGCGGAUAUCAUAAGAUCAUGUCUCGGGCCCAAAGCGAUGUUGAAAAUGCUUCUGGAUCCCAUGGGAGGGAUUGUCUUGACCAACGACGGUCAUGCAAUCCUACGAGAGAUCGAAGUGGCGCAUCCGGCAGCAAAGAGUAUGAUUGAACUGAGCCGGACGCAAGAUGAAGAAGUCGGAGAUGGUACCACAACAGUCAUCAUAUUAGCUGGCGAAAUCCUUGCGCAAGCCCUCCCGCAGCUCGACCGAAACAUCCACCCCGUAGUCAUCAUACAAGCGUUCAAAAAGGCCCUCGCGGAUGCUCUUUCCAUUGUUGAAGAGGUUUCAAUACCGGUGGAUACUUCAAGCGACAAACAGAUGGCAUCACUCAUCAAGUCGUCCAUCGGCACGAAGACGGUCUCGAGAUAUUCCGACCUUAUGUGUUCCCUAGCCCUGAAAGCAGUGCGAACCGUGGCGCAAGAUCAGACCUCACCCCAGGAAAUUGACAUCAAGCGCUAUGCCCGUGUGGAAAAGAUUCCGGGAGGAGAGAUCGAAGAAUCACGGGUAUUAGACGGAGUCAUGGUAAACAAAGACAUCACACACGCAUCGAUGCGCAGACGGAUAGAGAACCCAAGAAUUGUACUGCUGGACUGUCCGCUCGAAUACAAGAAGGGCGAGUCGCAAACAAAUAUUGAAAUCACGGACGAAGACUCCUGGAACAGGAUCCUGCACAUUGAAGAGGAACAGGUCAAGAAGCUCUGCGAGGCAAUUCUGGCCGUCAAGCCUGACCUGGUCAUCACUGAAAAGGGCGUCUCGGACCUCGCACAGCACUACUUUGUCAAAGCAGGCGUCACGGCCCUCCGCCGUGUACGAAAGACGGAUAACAACCGCAUUGCGAGAGCCACUGGAGCCACCAUUGUAAACCGGGUCGACGACCUUGUUGAAUCGGACGUCGGCACGGGCUGUGGUCUGUUUGAGAUCGAAAAGAUCGGUGACGAAUACUUCACCUUUCUGACGAAAUGCAAAAACCCCAAGGCCUGCACGAUCCUACUGCGCGGUCCCUCGAAAGACAUCCUCAACGAGGUUGAACGUAACCUCCAAGACGCCAUGUCCGUGGCUCGCAACGUCAUGUUCCAUCCACGCCUGUCUCCCGGAGGUGGUGCCACUGAGAUGGCCGUGUCGGUGCGUCUAGCCCAGAGAUCCAAGUCCAUCGAGGGCGUCAUGCAGUGGCCGUACCGCGCGGUCGCCGAGGCCAUGGAAGUCAUCCCACGCACGCUGAUCCAGAAUGCCGGCGCCAGCCCCAUCCGCAUCUUGACCCAGCUGCGUGCGAAACAUGCCGAAGGGAAAUCAAGCUUCGGCGUCGACGGCGACACCGGCAACGUCGUGGACAUGAAGGAGUACGGGGUCUGGGAGCCACAGGCGGUCAAGAUGCAGAGUAUCAAGACGGCCGUCGAGAGUGCUUGCUUGUUACUUCGUGUCGAUGACAUCUGUAGCGCGAAGAGCGCGAAGCAGGUCGGCGGGAGUGGUUUGUCUGGUGGCGGUGGCGGAGAAGAGUAG